AUGCCCUUUUUCUCACGAGUCUUCCGGAGCAAGGACUCCAGCGCCAGCAAAAAGGCCGCAAAACAAUCGGCCGCGGAACAGGUCCCGGCCAAACCAAAAUGGACAGACGCAUAUCAGCGCACUGAGGUUGCGCCGGAAGAGGUGCAGGAGUUGCUGAGGGGGUGUACACAUGAACUGAAAUCUCGAGGUCUCGAUAUUCCAUUCCUUCUACUUCCUUUCCGUCCGAGCUCCGAUCCUAGCGCUGCGCGAACGUUUAUUCGAAACUAUUUCAAUGCAGAACAAAAAGGGACCCCACUUCAGGGCGAUGCGCUCAUGCAAGAGCUGCGGUUGACCGAGCCUAUGGUGCUGUGCAGUGUCGUGAAAUGGUGCUGGAGUAGACUCCCUGGAGGAGUAGUCACCUGGGAGGCUUAUGAACUCUUCAAGGUUGGAGAGCAAGACUCUGACCUCGCACGCGAUGCGUUCAAUACAUUCAUUCCUAUCAGUGUGGAUUCCGACGCUCGCACCAAAAUCAUCUUCGAUUUCUUUGACCUUCUUACCGCUAUAGCCGCUCAUGGAAAAUCAAAUGGGUUAGGUGGAAGGAAGCUGUCUAGAUACGCAGGCUGGUGGGCGUUUGAGCACACUGAUACCGGUAAUGGAUUUGAGGCUUCAUACAAGACAUGGGCUCUGGCUGCCGAUGCCACGAGCCACCUCUUCUUUGCUUACUUGCGCUCCAUUUCUCCAGACUCGAUUCGUGGUAUUAACGGAAUUUCGGCGCUUCCAAUCGCUCUUCAGUCUUUGGUGCAGGCCACUGAAUACCCACCACAGGCUCCAAGCCUUCUACAGUUUUCGACCACCAAAGUUGUUAUGAUUGUUGAUACAGUCUCGCCAACUCCAUUCGCCUUGUUGCGCCGUGCUAGAAAUUUCGAAUACCGCGACAGCGACAAGCACCUGCAGGACUUUUCCGAGUACGACGACCCCGUUCAAGCGUUGACGGACGAAUGUGCUCGAGUAUUAAAAGCGAUUUCCACGACCAAUCAAUCAGCAGUUUCUACGACCAAGACGUCAACCAGUCUUCGUGAUGCUUCGUGGUCUCGUUUCGAGGAUAUGGGAUUCGGCGCUUCGAUUGAUUCAGAUCACGACGACGAUAUUAUAGAGGAGAGGCCAUCUCCGCAAGAAUUGCGCUCUGCGCCGCAGUCUCGUACUAACGAUCUGGGCCGUCCAACAACGCCUUCAUGGGCCGACUUUCUAUCGUCCGGAUUCGCUGACGACAAUGCUUCUCGUGGCCCUUCGUCGCUUCUACUUCCUCCGGAUAAAGUAUUACCACCUAUUGGGACUGUGCGAGGUCAGAGCUCGCAAUCUCAUAAACGCACAUUGGACACCGAACCAAACCUUGAACCAGGUGAGUUGGCUAGCAUUACGGUUCUUGAUAUUGAUGACUCGUUCUGGUGGGUUUGGAUCAGCAGUCUGUCAGGCGAGGAGCCUGCAGUGCGAAAGGCUGUUUUCGGACGGUGUGCUUUACUCGAGACUGUUAUCAGCGGCGCCAAGUGGUUGGUAUUGGAGGAACAAGUCAAAGGCGCUGCCCCAGAACCGGAAGCCGGGGCUUAUAUCGUGGAGAAGAAACGUUUCUUUGGUUUUUCUACUCGAAAGAAGAUCACCCGUAGCAAGUCUACGGCCAAAGGGCCGGUCUCUAAUCAGCCUUAUAAAUCGAGUAAUAGCAAUUCUACCGCUCCAGUUAGCAAGACCAGCAUUGCUCCCGAUCAGCACGCUCGAAUCCAAGCUGCUGCUGCGGCAUUGCAGAGAAAGCAGCGCGAGCAGGAGGAGGAUCAACAUCGCGAAGUCAAUGGACGACGGGCUCGCAAUGAUGACACAUACUCUACCAAGACCAAUUCUGUCAUGACACAAUACACUGGUCUGUUCACAGAGGCCUCGUCGGCGAUGAAGUGGGCUAAACACUAUGACAACCAUUAUGACAAGGACCAGCUGCGAUCGGCUUAUCUGAGUGACACUCGUGCCGGAACUGGUGCACCUGCAUCUUUGUUGGGGGCUAAUGGCCGAUCAAUGUCGAAUAUUUCCGAGGGUCGCUCUGACCUGCAGAAGCCAUCAUCAGCCGACACCGAAAAAGCCUUGCCAUUGCCAGUUCCUCCCAAAGACGGCGCCAAACCUGCCAACGAUGCUGCGGCAGAUGCAGCUACGGUACCAUUGCCGGAGGCACAAAACGGCGCCGAAGAGACCAGAACGAACUCGACGGAAGAGCAAGGACAUAAGAAGCUGAAAAAGAAGCCAGUUGGGAACUCUGCUUUCAAGGGUAUGUUUAGCAGCACCAAGCAAAGAGUUGCGGAAGAGACUCCCAAGAAGGAAAUUGGCAUUGACCCGUCAGCUGUUGCAGCUGCGCGUGCCGCCCUCGAGAACAAGGUCAAGUCUCAAGAUACUUUGCCCACGCACAAGUCGCAUAACACUGGCCGUUUGAAUGAGAUCAAGAAGAAUCUUGUUCCUGAAGAGCCUACUGGAAGUCCGCGGUCCGAGAAGACAGCCACGUCCUCGCCUCCAUCAAAGCUACCGAAGAAGGCUGUGCCAACCAAAUCCACUCCUGCUGCAGCACCUGAGCCUGCAGUGUCCGGUUCACCGACCUACGGACCUCCACGUACUCGCCGCGAUGCCGAGUACGACGCCCUGUCUCGGAUUGACACCAACGAGAAAGCGGCAGCAGAGCGCGAGUUCUCAUCGUUCGAUCAAGGGCCGUUGGCAGAUCAGCCUGCAUUUGUUCCUUCGGGAGACAGCCCGAUCACACCUGUUGAAGAGCAUUUCCCGGAGACCAAGACUGAGGCUGUAGUGACGGCGGCAGAAACUCCUCGUGAUGUAGCCACGCCGACACCCACGGCGGGUACUGAAAGUGUCAGCCCAUACCAGGAUCGGUGGGCACAAAUCCGAAAGAAUGCCGCUGAGCGAGCUGCUGCUGCUUCUCCGGAGGAGAUUCACAGCCGGACCAGUCAAGCCGACGAUGGCGAUACCAGCGGUGAAGAAACCAUCGAAUCACGAGUCGCCCGAAUCAAGGCUCGCGUCGCGGAGUUGACCGGUAACAUGGAAGCAGCUCGAUAA